AUGUCGUUCGCUCCGACGUUCGCCUCCUUUGGGGACUUCCUCUCCAUCGCCCUGCUCAUCAAGGACAUCAUCUCGGCUCUAGACGACAGCCGUGGUUCCGCGAAAAAGUACCAGGACUUGAUCCAGAGCCUCGCCAUUUUGGAGCAAGCAAUACAGCAGGUCGAUAAGGUCUACCGCAGCCCACAAAACGCCGACACCUUCAACAGCAUUUCCGUCACGGCAUUGCAGGUCACCGGACAGAUUCGCAAAUGUCUUGAGGAGUUCAAAGCUCGGAUAGAGAAAUACUCCAAGUGUCUAGGUCCCGGGGGUUCAGACAACGUGGCCAAGAAGAUGACCAGGCGUGCCAGGAAACUCCAGUUCAGGUGCGAGCAAGACCAGGUCGAUGAGUUUCAGCAGCAAGUUCACAUGUACAACAUGCUGCUGAAUACGUUGCUCCAAGCAACGACUCUGCAAGUCUACACAUCAACGAACAACGGCAUCACGAUAGAAGUCACUCUAGACGAUCAGAGACGGUUAUUGCAGGGACUCUGGGGCUUCUUCGGGCAGAAAAUACUCGGAGGGCUAAGGUUCAUAGCUAGAUUAGGCAUCGAUUUGAAGAGGUCGACUUCCCAAAUCCUUUCAGCCUUGAUGCCCAUCUCAGCUAUGCUAAACGAAGUCCACUCGAAACUCCUCAGUGGCCAUGUGCUGGAUGCGCCCUUCGAGCAGAAAUUCGUUCUGGAGGAUGCAACUGGCAAGCCUGAGAAGAUAUACAUGACCAAUAUUCCGACCUGGGAAGCCUUCGACUUCUGGCUGCAUUGGAGAUUUCAGGGGGAAAAAGGUGCUCGCAGGUUGGUGGACAUGAGCCUCAUGUGCCGAGAAUCAGUUGACAAGAACGCUACCAGCUGUCCUUGGUGCCAGACCGACUCGACAAGCAGCACUGGGAUGGAGGUCCAGUACGCCGAGGAAGACGGCUUCUCCUCGCCUGGGUCACGGCCACCGGUGCAGGAGAGUAUCUCAGAAAAGAACGACGUCUGCGCGGAGUACCAAAACAGGACAAGAGCGGGGAGCACCAAAGACGAGGACUCCAACUUGGCGGAAAGUUCCGAUGAGGAGGAUGUCAAGGGCCUAGUCCAUAUAUCUCCUGCUCUUCGACAGAAGGUGGUUCAAGCUCUGAGACAGUGGGAGACCGAACACUUUGGACUCGAAGGCGCCGCUGCUAUCAAUGAUGACAUCCGCAACGACCACAUGCUAGGGCAGCAGAGGAAUUGGAGGCUCAUGCGGGCCCAUCAGGUUGAGGCAGAGGUUCACCAUUUCGGGCAAGCCGAGCAGUCUUCCUAG